GUGGAGGAGUGAAAGGGAUUUCCCUGGGCGCAUUCUGAUAUCAGUGCUGGUAGAUACGUUGUGUGGGGACCAUUUCAACGCGGUGCCGCACAUGGCUGCAAGUGGUAUGCCACCCUGCCCCUAUCGGUCUACAUAAGGCGGAUUGCGUAUUCCAUAUUUGCGCAACAACAUUGAAAGCCUGCGAUCGGAAGCUUGUGAUCGGAAGUCGUGCACUCCCGUCUGGUGGACUUAUCGGACUCUCAUUUAGCCUGUGAGUGAUCAAGGUGGCGUGAAAGCAUGGGGGCCAAGACGAAAACCGGCAAGGGACGGUUGGACAAGUUUUAUUACCUGGCCAAGGAGCAAGGCUACCGCUCGCGUGCUGCUUUCAAGCUGGUGCAGCUGAACCGCAAGUAUGGCUUUCUGGAGAAGGCCAGGACUCUGCUGGACCUGUGCGCAGCGCCAGGGGGGUGGCUGCAGAUUGCGGCCAAGACGAUGCCGAUGUCCAGCCUGAUUGUGGGCGUGGACCUGGCCCCCAUCCGGCCCAUCCGCGGCUGCAUCACACUGAUGGAGGACAUCACGACGUCCAAGUGCCGCGCGGCCAUCAAGCGCGAGCUCAAGGGCAGCUCGCUGGACGUGGUGCUGCACGACGGUUCCCCCAACGUGGGCGGGGCCUGGUCCAGCGAGGCCUACACGCAGAGCGCACUCUCGCUAGAGGCCCUCAAGCUGGCCACUGAGCUGCUGGUGCCGGGGGGCACCUUCGUGUCCAAGGUCUUCCGCUCCCAGGACUACAACGCCCUGCUCUUCGCCCUGAACCAGUUGUUUGAUCGUGUGGAGGCGACCAAGCCAGUGGCGAGUCGCAACACGUCUGCUGAGAUCUACGUGGUGUGCCGCGGGUUCAAGGCCCCCGCCAAGAUCGACCCGCGCCUGCUGGACGCCAAGCACCUCUUCCAGCCAACAGAGGAGGCCACGCCCAAGCCAGUGGACGUGCUGCGCGAGUCCAAGCAGAAGCGCCACAGGGACGGGUAUGAGGAAGGGACGAGCCUGGUGCACAAGGGGGGAUCUGCUGCGGCGUUCAUCAAGACGGACAACCCUGUGGAGUUCCUGGGCACAUACACGUCGCUCGUUUUUUCAGGGCCGGAGGGCCAGCAGCUGCUCACGCACCCCGCCACGGACGCGGAGGUGCGUGCGCUGUGCGAGGACCUCAAAGUGCUGGGCAAGCGCGAGUUCAAGGCGCUGCUCAAGUGGAGGAUCGCUGUGCGGCAGCAGGACAAGGAGGAGCAGGGGCCAGCAGAGGAAGAGACAAAGGGGAAAGAGGCAGAAGAGGAGGAGAAGGAAGAGGAGGGGGCAGAUAGUGAGCGGGAGGAGGAGGGCGUGCUGGGGGAGAUGGCGGAGCUGCGGGCCGUGAUGGAGGCCAAGAAGAAGAAGGCCAAGAAAGUGGCAGCGAGGAAGAAGGAGAAGGCGCGCGCGAGGACGGCCACGGGGAUGAGCCUGGAUGCGCUGGGCGAGGGGGAGGGCGUGUACGCGGACGAGGAGCUGUUUGCGCUGGGCAGCAUCAAGAGCGGCAAGGGGCUGGCCAAGGUGGUGCCGGACGAGGAGGCGGGAGAGGGAGAGGGGGGGGAGGAAGACGAGAUGGACACAGAGGGGGGGCAAGACGAGGAUGGGGAGGAGGAGGAGGAGGACGACCUCGACGAGGAUGCGGAAGAGAAACGGCACAUGCAGAUGCUCGAAGAGUACCUGGAGACCGCUUACGAGGAGUACCGUAAGCGCAGCGGGCUCAAGAGCAAGGCGGCCGACCGGCGGCAGCGCAAGCGGCUGGCGACAGAGAGCGACGCGGGCCCCGAGCUGGACGACGAAGAGGUGCCGGCUCCGGUUGCAGAUGCAGGGUCCGACUCGGAUUCGGAUAGCGAAGAUGAGGAAGGGGGGGCCAACCCGCUGGUGGUGGGGCUGGCCCGCGCGGCGAAGCCCAGCAAGGAGCAGCUGGCGCAGCAGUGGUUCAGUCAGAGCGUGUUCGGGGAGCUGCCCGGGGCAGGCGGGGACGAAGCGCGCCGCGAGGCCAAGAGGACGCGGCAAGAACGGGAGCAGGCGUCGAGCAGCGAGUCGGAGGAGGAGGAGGAGCAGGCGGGGCCGAGGUCCAAAAGGAGGAGGAACGACGGGGUAACAAAGGCUUCGGCGAAAGGGACGGCAGCCGGGUCGGGGCUGCAUAGUAACGGCGCGAGGGUGGAAGAGGCGGAGGCGUCGGAGGCGGGCGGGUUCGAGGAGGUGGCGGCAGCGGCGAGUGAGAGCAGCAGCAGCGAGGACGAGGCGGAAGUGGACGGGUACGACACGGACGACAAGGCCGAGACGCUCGCGUACGCGCACGCCAUGCUCAGGAAGAAGGGCCGCGAGGGCAUCCUGGACGAGGCGUACAACCGGUACACCUUCAACGACGACGAGCUGCCCGUCUGGUUCAAGAACGAGGAGCGCAAGCACAUGCAGCCCAUCAAGCCGGUGACCAAGGAGGAGAUCGACGCGUACAAGGCGCAGUUCCGGUCCAUUGACACGCGCACACCCAAGAAGGUCGCCGAGGCCAAGGCCAGGAAGCGCGGCCGGCUGCUCAAGAAGAUGGAGCAGGUGCGGCAGAAGGCCAACUCGAUCGCCGAUGGGGCGGACAUGAACAACCGCUCCAAAGCCAAGAUGAUCGAGAAGCUGUACGCCAAGGCGGCCCCGAAGCACGUGAAGAAGGAGGUGGCGGUGACCAAGAGCAAGGCGGUGGGCCCCAGCGGCGCCAAGGGCAAGCGCAAGGUGGACGCGCGCAUGAAGGCGGACAUGCGGAAGCGGAACACCGGGGGGGCCGUCAACAGGAAGGGCAAGCUGGUGGGCAAGGGCAGCAAGGCCAAGAAGGGCGCCCAGGGCAAGGGGGGCAGGCCCGCUAAAAAGGCGGGCGGGAAGGGGGGCAAGGCGGGGGGAAGGGGCGGGAGAUAA